AUGGUUUGGUUCAUUCACUACCAUAGUAAUAGCUGUAGAAUGCUGAAUUGGAUAAGCAGAAUUGUAUUUGGCUGCAGUUUAGACAGGUUGUUUAGCUCAAAAUACGUAGGGACGGUUUGCACAAUUUUUAACAAAAGUAGGGAUGUUUUGCGCAAAAACAUUGUAAAGGUAGGGAUGUUUUGCUCAGGGGGGGGGGGGGGGGGGGGGGGAUAUAACGUGUCAAAUUUAAUAACAAGAAGACUUAAUUUGUGGCUACCUUCAUCGAUAAUUGCAGGAAAAAGUUGCAGAUUAAGAUGGUUUAACCAGUUGGAUCCAAGGAUUAACAAAAGAUCAUUCACAGAAGAGGAAGAGGAAAGCCUUUUGUCUGCACACAAAAUGUAUGGCAACAAAUGGGCUAUGAUAGCCAAAUUAUUCCCAGGCCGAACUGAUAACGCAGUGAAAAACCAUUGGCAUGUGAUUAUGGCAAGAAAACACAGAGAUCAAAACCAUUUUUACAGAAGAAAAAAACCCUUUUUUUCACAGGUCCAAAAUAAUGAAGGCAGUGAAUCAACAAUUUCCAGCAAUUUUGGUCAUGUCCAGCAGAUAAAUUUAUUGGAGCCUCUUAUGAGAAGCAGCGUCAUCCAGGGUAAUAAUCAGGUGUAUAGCAAAGGGCAUGUAACAAAUGCUGCAAAUGUGGAUCAAUCAGGUCACUCAGAAUCAAAUUCUGAAGUUUCUGCAUCAGAAUCAGUAGCCAACAACAGGGCCAAUCUCCUCUUGUUUGGAGAAAACGAGAAUGGAAUAUUUAACAAGAAAAACAUGGCAUUCAUUGAUUUUCUUGGGGUGGGAAGCUCAUAAAAGGAAUUUUUAGUGUGGGGUCCAGGUCCUAGACUCCUAGUUUGAGAGAACUUUAAAGGAAGAAUGGUGUAAGAGCACGUUGAGCUCCUGCUUACUAAAAAGUACCUUUUGAGGUCCUUAUUUAAGUAUUAUGACUGAAUACUUCACAAAAAUGCUGAAUGAGUUUUCUUUCAAGUGAGCUGAACAUUCUUUAAAAAGGAACAUAAAAUGUGGAUUUUGCAGGAAAUUAAGAGGCCCUUAAAAAGUGUGCUGAUGAAAGUAAUCAAGGAAAAGAAAGAUGUUUAUCUGACUGUUAGUUAAUGAAAAUUGCCCAUAUGUUUUCUAAUGGCCUUUUGGUACUCUCUGUUGACCAUAUGUACAGGGAAUGUGUCUUUAAAUGCCUCUCUCUGUGUCUUGUUGCACAUCUCUCCCCUUUUCCCUGUGUGAGUAGAGAAGGGAAGUGUGGGCUGUCAAAAUGAGACGGUGUUGGGAUUGUUCAGCAUGUAAAAGGCCCUGUUUUGGGUGGGCCCAUUUUGAUUUGAAAAACUAUUUUAUUCUUUGAUUAAAAUUUUUCCAAGUUCUGAGAGAGAGUACAUUAAUCUAGCCCUAGAACCAAGGGUUAGUGAUCUU